UCUCCAGACUCUGCAAGCACUCGUUUACACAACAACAUCUCACACUCCAUCUUGUCCGUUCACACUCUCUCCACAUUCACAUACCUCUCCGGCACUGAACAGCUCAACCAAACCCCAUGCCCACUCAAGACACGGCCGCGUCAACAUAGGCGCGUUCAUCUCACACCACAAUCAUGCCCAACAUACACGCCCAGGUGGCGGUAAGGAAGUCGUGUGGGGCAGCAAAUAAAUCCAAUACAGGCCAGACCAAAGAGGACGGGCGGCACAUUGAAGGAUGGAGCGGCCGCUGGAGAGACUCACUCAAGGCUCUGCUGCCCGAAGAGCUUCGGAGCCUGCGCAAUAUCGCACAGUACAUGCCGCUCGUCGCAGCCAUCGCAGCGCCCAUGUCUUCGCUCAUGGACAUUCCCGCCCUCUCGCAACACUGGUACAGCUACUACGGCAACGUGCAACGCGAUCCCACAGUCUGUUUGUGCUUGUCGGCAGUCGGUCUUGGUUUCAAUGUGCUCGCAAAUGUGUUACUGCUGGUUAGAUUCUCAGCAACCAAGAAGUCUUUCUGGCGAUGGGGUGUCAAAUUGUCGCUCUUGUGUUGGAUCACAAAGACGAUCAUUGCCAUAGUCAACCUCCUCGUAUUUGGCGCAGGUCAACGCAACGGGCCUGGCUAUUCGUACGACCAGGGCUUCUGGUGCGCCGUCGUCUCGUGCGUCAUCUCUGGGUUUAUCUCCUUCUGCCUCCUCGUCCACUACAUUCUGGUAUUUGGGCGACCUGAAUGGGACAAGGAGGAGAUCCGUCUCGAAGGACGCAAGUUUAUGCUCUCCGUCACGACAUUUAUCGGCCUUAUCGGCAUCCAAGCCAUGGUGUUCAACUUUAUCGAGGAGUGGGGAUAUCUCAACGCCAUCUACUUCUCGGUUCAGACAGCCCUCACGGUCGGGUAUGGUGACUUUGUGCCAACAACCGCGGUCGGCAAGGUCCUCAUAUUCCCGUUUGCCGUCUUGACCAUCAGUCUCCUCGCCAACGAGGUGUCCAUCAUUAUCGACUUCAUUCAGAACCGUGCGCAGGAUAAGCGGGACACGUGGCGGAAGAACUACGCCGUGGCCAUGCACAAGGAAGCUUUGGCCCGCCAGCCCUACGCGACUCUGAUCGACGAGAUGUCGUUGAUCCAUCAGAUCAAUUUGCACCAGGAGACCAUGGUCCAGUUAUACGAUCUAUUCUGGUCUGGUUUUGCCCUGGCGGCCUUCUGGCUUAUCGGUGCAGUCAUCUUCCACUUCCUUGAAGGCUGGGGCUACGGCAACACGCUGUACGCACUCAUGAUCACAUGCUUGACCAUUGGCUUUGGAGACUUUACCCCGAUCAGCCCAGCCGGCCGAGUCGUCUGGAUCAUUUACGCGCUCAUGGCUGUGCCUAUCGUCACCAGUUUUGCCGUGCAGACAGUCACCGGUAUCCUCUAUACUUGGUCCGAGCACCGAUUCACCAAAGCCCGCUUCAACCUCGUUCGCCAGCGUGACCCGGAAGUCUUCGCGCCCCACUCCCACUUUGUGCUCAAGAUGCACACAAAGUGGGACAAGGUGAGGCGCAAGUACAUGAGAGCAUUCGCCCAAGGCCAAGAUGGCCAGAUUUCAGUCGAUGCUGUUCGGCAAGCGGUCCUCGGUGCCCCCCCUACUCAAGGUACCAAAGUGGCGGCGACGGCCAGUGCUACCAAGCCCCUUCCUGCCUCCACGAUAGACGAAAAAGGCAGUCCGGUCGAGUCACAGAGACGAUUACUGGAGCCCUCGGUGGACGGCGAAAAGGAUUCUGCCGAAGGUGGAGAACCAACAGACGAGUCAACCGCCGAGAAGCAGGCUCAGGACACGGUCGUGGAGGACAUGCUGGAUUCCUCGGAUACUCGAGCCGAUGUUGUGGAGGCCCUGGGUGGAGAGGAUCUCGCCGGGGAUCACGCGAAUGGCAACGGCGGAGAUGCCAGCGGCAACAGCUCUGAUACCGAUGGUGCAAGUGGCAAGGGGUCUACGACGACCCAGAGCAACAGCCCCUCCAGUGCUCCGUCUGCCGCCGCGUCCACGACUGGAGGCGACGACAGUAUCGAGGUCCUCGACACUGUCACUGAAACGGGCAGUGCGCCUGGCGCGAGUACCGCCGACAAGGUUGCUGGUAGCCCUAUUCAGAGGACGGUCAAGCGCCCCAUCCAGAGCUCUUCCCCGCCAUCACAAGGGUCGACUCCAGCUGUUCCUUCGGCAUCUGUUGUUUCUGCAUCGGCAGACCCCACAAACACUACUCCCAGCACUCUCGGUUCUAUCGGCUCCCAACUUGCGCAACACGAGGCCGAUACCGUCGCCCAUGCUGAACAGGAGCGCGCAGCGCGGAAAGCGGCAGGCGAGCCAGAACCAGCAGACGACGACGUGUGCGCCCCAGCCCGCGACAAGGGUGACACGUCGAUGGAGUAUCAGCUCAUCAAGUCCCUAGUGGACCGCGUGACUAGACUCGAGGCGCAAGCGAGGCAGAUGCUCAUCGAUUCAAUGGACAAAGACCUGGCACGCACUCUCUUGCUUGCAGAUCGUAAUUUGCAGGUCCGUGAUGCCUUCCGGCUGUAUGAUCAAGGCAUCGAUGUCGAGAAGACAUACAGGGAAGAAGCAGAAAAGGCCCGCAAGGAGGCAGACGAAGCAAAGCGCGACGGCGGAGACGACGACCAGGACGACAUGCUCAGCCGAGUACGACGAUACCGCUCGACGUUUGCCGAAAUCCUCGUCAUCUCGUCGACCCUCCUGCGAUUGGAGGGCGAUGACCUGAAACAGUUUGAAAGAUGGCACGUUGGGGACCUGCAUCAUCACAAGCGUGAGCCCAACCUGCUUACCCAUGGGCUUGAAAGUCCAAAGGGAAUGCGGGGUGCCCAGCAAAGAGCCUAUAGCUGGGCGAAGGACAAGAAGGACCACACGGUCAGAGUGCGAGACAUCCUGCUCGGCUCUGUGAGACGGAAAUCGAAACCUUCCGGUUCUGGAUCGGCGACACCACACCGGCCAUCGUCACGAGCAAGCUCGCAUCGACGGCGUCAAGGUGGACAGCGGAGGCGGAGCACGGUCGGCCGUCUCGUUACCGACUCGGAGUCUGAGGAGGGAGACAUUGUCGAGACUCACGCCGAUCCGUACGAUGUACCCGCACCAGGACAGACUGAGCCCGCUCCGCCUCCCCCGGCCGGUCCCUCCAAGUUACCCAUACGUGCAACGGUACAUCCGUCGUUGAACCUCCACAUCCCGGCGCGCAGCGAGACGAUGACUUCGCCGACGACGGCAUCGGCCGACACACCGACCGACUACAACGAAUACAACCGCGGCCCGCGGCGCAGCUCGGUCAAGGACCAUCACAAGGCACGCAUGCUCAAGAUCUUUGACCACCACGCACAGGGCGUACUCGACGACGCUCAGAAAGAAUCCAAGGCCAUCUCGUCGACGCUCACGCAGCCGACCAAGAACAUGGUCGCGAGAGACGCGGCGGUAGUGUACCACGCUGCCGAACACGUUUUCAAGGAGGUUUUCAUGCCCACUGCCGCAAAGCGCGAAGACGAGGCCGACAUUGGGCGGGCAGAUGACGAGAGAGAAGCGGAGAUGAAGCGCGAUGACGCGCUUUCCCAGAAGCGUGAGGAGAAGGAGCUAGAGGAAGAGGAGGAGGAAGACCAUGGUUCGCCUGUCAAGGCGCCGCCACGGGCGUCUUCGAGCAAGGUGGGGGGGAGCGGAUCAAAGCAUAAAACCAGCACCAAAACGGAUUCAGGCAGUUCCAAGGGUUGA